AUGGGGAAUAGUGAUUCACAAGCUCAUUUCAAGAAUAACAUUUCAGGAUUUUUUGAGAAAAAUCUUAGCGAGAUGGACAACGCAUAUUGGAUUGAAAUGAUCAGAAUUCCUUAUUCCUUUGAUGAUAUUUACGCAGCUGUAAGUCCUGCUAUGGUUAGGGAUUUAUUAAGCAAACAUCCAGAAAACGUGUUAGCAGUGAUAAAAGUAUGCAAAGAAUUGAUAUGAAAAGGCUCAAAAGAAGGCGAAGGAGAUUUUCAUAGAAAUAUUGUGCUAAACGCCGUCAGACUUGUGAGUAGAAUUAUUCCGAUCUUGUUGGAAAAUCAAGAAAUUAGGGCAACACUAUGGGAAAGCGGCGUAGCAUUUGGAAUUGUCGAUGGACUGAUGGGGCUUUUAUUUCGAUAUAACUUCGGGAUUAAUAUUGUCAGCAAUUUAAGCCCUUACGAUGUCGAUCCUGGCAGAAUUUGGAAGGAAGGAAUUUAUUCGAGUAUUCCUCAAAACGUUUCUUAUGAAAUUUCUGAUGAAAAUAGAGUGGAAACAUUACGAUGCAUUUUAUCUUGCUGCUCACAAACGCUAUAUGCAGAUUUAUCGACAGCUGAAAAUUUUAUUAAUCCUUGGACUUGGCUGUUUUCUUCAUAUGAAAUCAGACACUGUAAAGAUGCAUUUUAUAGCCUGUUUAACACAGCUUUAGGGUUCUCUAAAGAAGGAUUUGGCUUAUUUUCAUCUCAAUCAGCUUCAGAAAACGAAGCAUCAUUGGCUGCACAAGUAUUGAUUGUCCUUUUAGACUCAAAAGUCCCUGAAAUUCAUGCUAUUGAAAAUAAUGAAGAGCUGUCAGCUGUAUAUAACAUUUUAUUAGAAAUUCAUAAUGGUUUUGUAGAGAAUUCCAGCAUAAAAACCCAGUUAAAGCUUGGUAACGUAUUUCUUGAAUGUUUAAAAGAAAUUGAAGACACCGAACAAUUUGAUUUUAUUAUCAACAGCUUUGUCCGGCAUUUUGGAACAAUCAUUGAUUCAAUGGUGUCUUAUUUGUCAAUAACUUCAAAAGAUAUUGUCUAUUUCCAAGAGUUAUUAAUAUUGUUUUGGUAUUUGAUAGAUUUUAAUACAAAUUUCAAAGAAGCUGUUAUAAAGCAUCAAGAAUUUCACAAAAUUAUUGAUCUUUUAUUAGUUAUUAUUUGGCAUAAUCAUGAAACUUUAACAAAGGCAGGGAUUGUUCAAUUAUCAAUUUUCAUAAUUUUGCAUUUUUCAAGCGAAAGAGAAUUUUCUAUCCAAAUGGCAAAGCCUUAUCAGAAUCAUUUACCUAUAAAUAUUAUAGGGCUAGAAUAUUAUUUUGAUAUCCUUAUUAAUAUUUUUCACACAAUAAUUGUAGGAAAUCCGAAUUUGACAGACACAAUUUCAACAUUUAUGAUAAUCUUACUUAAUUUAUCUCCUCACAUCAAGAAAAUCGGAAAUUCCUCAUCUCUCAAACUUUUCGCCCUUUUUGAGCAUUUUUCAGCUAAAAAAUUUAUUUAUAAAGACAAGAAAAAUGCAAACUAUUUAUAUCAAAUUUUAGACGUCUUCAACAACCGUCUUCAAUAUCAAUGGGAUGGAAGCUUAUACUUGGUCUAUGCAAUUAUCAGCAAAAAGAGCAUAAUCGACAAAUUCAUAAAUUUACAAUAUGAACCCCCUAUAGAACCUGCAUGGGAUAUCUCAGAAGAAUGAUUUACAAACUUCAAAAACAAUUUGCCAAUUGGGCUUUUAAUAGCUCUAUAUACCGAUUUAUUGCCUCGUAUAGAAAAACUCUGCUCGAAAAAUUCCCAAAUCAUCGAAACUGAAAUUAUUGAUUUUCUCAAAAAAACGACAAUGGUCGGAAUUUUCCCUGUGCCUCAUAUUUUAUAUCUACGUAAAUUCCACUCCACAAGACAAACAAUAAAUUGGCUGAGCUCUUUGAUUUGGGGAACAAUUUAUAGCAGAAACAGCAAGCCUCAGAUUUUUGACUAUACAACAAUAAAGCUUUUUAUAGUUUCUUCUAAUUAA